AUGCCGAAGCCCCGCCGCGGCGCUGCCCUCGCGCCCGAGGGCGUCGAGGUUGUGCCGCACCCGCUGCGCGUGCGCCCGAUGGGGAGCCUGCUCUUUGCGGACGACCGGCGCAGCCUCCGCGAGGAGCCGGGUGCGCUGGGUGCUCUGGCUUUGCUGCCGGACGAGGUGCUGAUGCAGAUCCUCUCCAGCGGCGGUGCGCGCGAGCUCGCGUGCUGCGCCUGCACCUCACGGGCGAUGCGAGUCCUCGCGCUCUCCGAGGACCUCUGGAAGGCGUGCUGCCUCGAGGAGGAGAUGGCGCCGGGCGAAAUGUGCCUCGGGUCGCGGCGAGCGGGCUGA